AUGACAGUCUAUGGAUACAUCAGGACCAGCCGCCAGCGCAUCGAAGGGACCCCGGGGAGUGACCCCGAGGCCCAGGCUUACCAGCUCCGCCAGGACGACGUCCCCGAAGCCAACGUUUACCGAGACGUCGGGGUCUCCGGAGGGACCGGCACCAACAGCCGCGCCGGCUGGAGGGCGCUGGACGCCCGCCUGCAGACAGGUGACACCCUGGUUGUGGUCGCCGCUGACCGCAUUGGCCGGAGCUGGCUGAACACCGUUAACACGAUUCGGGACCUGCGCACCAGGGGGGUAAGAAUACGGUCCCUUGCACCAGACGAAACCACCUGGGUAUCUUGGCUUGAGUCUGAUCCGGAUUCUCCCGAAGCCUUUAUCGCAGAUAUACUGACCAGCCUCAUGGCGUGGACCGCCGACCAGGAACGGCAGGCGGCCAGCCGGAGGACCAAGGCGGGCCUUGAAAAAGCCGUAGCCGAAGGAAAGACCCUCGGCCCCCCUCGUAAGGUCAAUGAAGACCAGGUCGAAGAGAUGGCCAGGCUGAAACGCGCGGGCCUGAGCUACCGGACUAUCGGCCGGCGCAUGGUCCCGAACGUGUCGGGGGAUACGGUCAUGCGGAAACUCAGGGAACGUCAAGGUUAG